ACUGAACCAGGUUCGAUGCGGUUUUGAAAAGAUCUGAUGGUUUUGAAAGAAAGAACAAAAGAUAAUAACCCACCAACCAAAACAAGACUUCUUAUUCAUAGGGUUUGCACCCCCAAAUCCAAUUUCACCUCCUCCUCCAUUCUCCCCUUUUCACAAAAUGGCGACACAAGUUGAACCAAAGAUCGCACCUUCGAUGCUAUCAUCAGACUUCGCUAAUCUUGCAUCCGAGGCUGAGCGAAUGGUCAACUUCGGUGCUGAUUGGCUUCACAUGGACAUCAUGGAUGGCCAUUUUGUCCCAAAUCUAACUAUUGGUGCUCCAGUUAUUGAGAGUUUGAGAAAGCACACAAAGGCAUAUCUGGAUUGUCACCUGAUGGUAACAAAUCCUCUUGAUUAUGUUGACCAGUUAGGGAAAGCUGGUGCUUCCGGUUUUACAUUUCAUGUUGAGGUGUCGAAAGAUAAUUGGCAAGAGCUUGUUAAGCGAAUCAAAUCGAAGGGUAUGCGGCCUGGUGUGGCGUUAAAGCCGGGAACAGCGGUUGAGGAAGUGUAUCCCCUGCUUGAAGGGGAAAAUCCUGUUGAAAUGGUUCUUGUUAUGACCGUGGAACCUGGAUUUGGUGGGCAGAAAUUCAUGCCAGAUAUGAUGGAUAAGGUACGCACACUGAGAGAAAAGUAUCCGACACUUGAUAUAGAGGUAGAUGGUGGUUUGGGUCCUUCGACAAUCGACAUGGCAGCUGCUGCAGGUGCAAACUGCAUUGUUGCUGGCAGUUCGGUCUUUGGAGCUCAAGAGCCAGCUCAAGUUAUAUCUUUACUCAGAGCAAGUGUUAACAAGGCGCGCGUAACUGGUUGAACCGUGUACGUGUUAACUUUCUGAAUGGUUUGCGUCAGCAGCGCGUGUGUUAUGUACACUUAAUACCUGAGAACAUGAUGAAUAAUCCAGUUGCUUAUGAUGAUUCACUUUCAUACAUGCACACCUCAUUUUACUACUAUUGUUUUGUAUAUGUAAGGCUGAUGCAUCAUCUGCAAGCAAUCAAUAACAAAAACUUCGUUUAUUAGCUACUAA